AUGAAGGCCAUCCGACGCUCCUUGAAGGGAGAGAAAGAUCCCCGACAUCACCAGCAUCACGUCUCCAUCACCCCCAAAUCCGCCAUCGCGAUUCUGCCGCCCAAAAAAGUCAUCAAAGCCCUCUACGAUUAUACACCAGAGCCUGGCGCCACCCAGGAACUCGGCUUCAGCAAGGGAGACUUUUUCCACGUGAUCAGUCGAGAGGACGAUCCCGACUGGUACGAGGCCUGCAAUCCUCUCAUCCCUAGUGCCCGAGGGCUCGUGCCCGUCUCCUUCUUUGAGGUCAUCGGCAAAACCGAACGGGAUAGUGGGGGUUCCGUGGACCUGCACAAAAAGGACCACGACUCUGGCUUCUCCGAUCGCAGUCCCACCUCCGACUCUUCCACCACCACCCCCAACUCUCGACAAGGCGCCUUCAGAAUGUCUGCGCUCAAAGGUCAAGGUGCCAUGGUCUAUGGAAUCGUCCAGUAUGAUUUCCAGGCUGAGCGACCCGACGAACUGGAUGCGCACGCCGGCGAAGCGAUUAUCGUGAUCGCGCAGUCCAACCCCGAAUGGUUCGUGGCCAAGCCCAUCGGGCGCCUCGGGGGUCCGGGCUUGAUUCCCGUCUCCUUUAUCGAAUUGCGCGACAUGCAAAGUGGUCAGGCCGUGACCGAUCCGCUGGAGGCAGUGCGCCGCGCCGGCGUCCCCAAGGUGGAGGAGUGGAAGAAGAUGACCGCCGAAUACAAGAACAGCAGUAUCACCUUGGGAAAGCUCGAGCCCGCGGGCGGCGGCGUCGUCGCCGUGACCUCGGGCAUGGAUAAGAUGUCGAUGGGCGCAUCGCACCCCGGUGCGGGCCGCAUGAGCCAAAAUGGCAUCAAUUCUGGAAUGCACCAGCGCAACGUCAGCAAAAGUACCUUGUCCGGCCAAGCGGCCUCGAGUCAUCCGUCAUCGCAAAGUUACCAACCACUCCUGGCACCCGUGGCGGCGUCCAUCCCACGAUACUGUUUCGACAAUGACAAGUAUUGGUACAUCAUCGAAGCCAAGAUGGAGGACGGUCGAUGCUGGGAGCUGUCUCGAUACUAUCACGAUUUCUAUGACUUCCAAAUUGCCCUGCUCACCCAGUUCGACGACGAAGCCGGCAACCGUGGUCGUCCUCGCACCCUGCCCUUCAUGCCCGGUCCGGUGACCCACGUCACUGAUGCGAUUUCCAACGGACGGCGCCAGAAUCUCGACGAAUACAUCAAAAAACUGCUCUCCAUGCCUCCCCACAUCUCCCGGUGCCAACUUGUGCGCCAGCUCUUUGCGCCCCGCGCGGGUGAUUUCGAGAUCGAUCCCAAUGCGUUCGGCGAGGAGGCGCGCUACUCUGAUCAGUCGCACCAAUCCUCCUCCGGCUUAGAGCAGUCGCGCAGUGCUUCUCGCCAGUCCUCACAGGCCCCGAUCGGGUCGGGACCGGAUCGGGCAUCCCAGCAGCGCACCCCAGGCGGCGUCGCCGCGACGGGACUGGCCAGCAGCGUGCCCCCACCGAUGAACCGACAAGGAAGCUCCUUGACGCAGGUGUCGACCAAUUCCAACGCGCCCGCAAUGAAGGUCAAGGUUUUCUUCCAGGAUGACUUGAUUGCCAUUCGUAUCCCCGCCGGCGUCAGCCUGGCGCACCUCAAGGAUAAGCUCUGCGAUCGACUCAAGAUUCAGGAGGAUAUCAUCGUGCAGUACCGAGAUGAGGCCUCGGGUAGCUAUGUUGACCUGUCGUCCGACGCGGAUCUCGAUCACGCAAUGUCGCGCAACACUAAACUGACCUUGUUUGUCAAUAUCGCAUGA